CCUGGCGGCUCUGUCACUGAACACAACAUUAGUAUAAAAAGACUGUGAUUGGGCGGCGCGUCCGGACAUCAUACCCCCGGCGCGCGGAGACGGAGCUUUGCGUUGGAGCCGCUAGUUUAAUCCCCGGUUGAACACAGCGAAGCCUUCCCUGGAGCUACGACGAGUUUAAGGAGCUCCACUGUGGGGACAGCGAGCAUGGCAGCAAGUUCAACCAAAUACACGAGGUUAUGAAAUACGCGCCGCGCGUCGGUCCGCCCGCUACGGGGCCGAACCGGACGAUGGGUACGGGGCCAGAGGACCUGCUGGUCGCCCUGCAGAUCCUCCCCGGGUUCUUCUCCAACUGCCUGUUCCUCGCGCUGUACGACUCGGUGCUGCUGCUGAAGCGCGCUGUGUCGCUGCUCCGUGCCUCCCGCUCAGCGCGGGGAGGCGGAGAGUGGCAGCGCGCGCUCACCUCGGAGGGGAUGCGCUCCAUCUGGAAGGGCUUCCUGCUGGACGCCAACAAGCAGGUCAAACUCGGCGGCGAGGCGCCCAACUCCAAGGUGGUCAACAUCCCGGGCGGCCGGCCCGGCGCCGGGGGCCUGGCCGGCGGCCCGUCCGGCGGCCCCGCGCGCGGCCCCGGGGGGGAGUGCCACCUGUUGGACUUCGAGUCGUCGGACCGCCCCCUGGUGGUGAACUUUGGCUCGGCCACCUGACCCCCCUUCAUCAGCCACCUGCCGGCCUUCCGGCGGCUGGUGGAGGACUUCAGCCCCGUGGCGGACUUCCUGCUGGUGUACAUCGACGAGGCGCACCCCUCGGACGGCUGGGCGGCGCCCGCCACGGGCCAGCGCCGCUUCGCCGUGCGUAAGCACCGCGACCUGGAGGAGCGCGUGGUUGCGGCGCGCAGACUCACCGAGCACUUCGGCCUGCCGCCGCAGUGCCGGCUGGUGGCGGACAGCAUGGACAACAACGCCAACGCCGCCUACGGCGUGGCCAACGAGCGCGUCUGCAUCGUGCAGCGCCGCAAGAUCGCCUACCUGGGCGGGAAGGGACCCUUCUUUUACAACCUGAAGGACGUCCGCCAGUGGCUGGAGCAGACCUACGGCCGGCGGUAGGGUCAGGGGUCAGGGCGGUUGGGUCAGGGCGGUAGGGUCAGGGGUCAGGGCGGUAGGGUCAGGGGUCAGGGCGGUAGGGUCAGGGGUCAGGGCGGUAGGGUCAGGGGUCAGGGCGGUAGGGUCAGGGGUUACGUUAAGAUCAUCUAUUUUUGUACUUGAGGGGAGGCGGACUGGGCCGGUGAUGCGUAAGGAGCAGCAGGAUAGGGCGGAGGGAAGGCAGGAGGAGUGGAGCACCCCCCAGGAGGGGAGCAGCAGGAUAGGGCGGAGGGAAGGCAGGAGGAUGGAGCACCCCCCAGGAGGGGACCAACAUGACGGGUGUUCACCAGAACGCCACGCUCCCUGCCGAGGCGGUUAUUAUGGGCUGGUUGAUGCAGUGAGUGGACGGCAGAGAUGCUUCGUGUGCGUCUGUGACGACUGCACAUCCCUUAGUUACGAGCAGGAAGGCUUUGAAACCUAUGCCGCUGUUUGAAGAACACCAAAUUAAAUGAGAGAAAGAGACCAGCUUUGUGUUCAUAUCUGUAUACAUAUUUAAAUAUGAACAAACAUAAUUUAUUUUUAAAGUGUUUUUAACAAUGUUUUGUCAUUUCACAGAGGCAAAAUGUUUCUAAUGUGCAAUUCGACACCCUUUAGGUUAUUUAAGAUGUCGUGAUUAUGUGAGUCUCUUGUCAUAGUAGGACGCCAUUCCAGAUCGUCUUGGAUCCAUCCCAGGAUGCUUUAGAGGUCGUACUGUCAGCACGUUGAUGGAAUGCACGUUUGGAUGACACACUUACAUGUGACUUUGGUUUAGUUUCCACGCAAGCUUCACAACUAUCUUAAAACAACACUACAUUACAAUAAUAAACAAUAAUAACCCUACUUUUCAGUUUGGUUUAACAAAAAGUAGGAAAGAACGUUCAUGUGACAAUAACGGCCACUAAAUCGCUUCUGGGGCAGCUGAGAAAGCAACUUUAAAUUGCUGGCAAUUUCUUGAAGAAGGCAAGUGAUGGUGGUAGGGGCUGGAGUCAUAAAGGAUAAGGGAGACAAUGCAGAUGUUUCCAUAAGAGCAGAUUAUAUUUUGAGUUAAACACAGUGUAUACCCAUGACUAUUUAGUGCCGACACAGAGUCCGACCAGACACAGCAUGUUGACAGUAUUUUCCAGACUCAUGUAUUGGUCCAGUGUGUAAUAACAAUGGUGUCUGAUUAUGAUAGGUUCGGUUAUGUUUUAUGUUAUGUUCCUGAAAUGUUGUUUGGGCAUUCAUUUCGGCAUAUUUUAGCUGUAAAGAAAGUGGUUAAAGUAGCCUUCUCUGAGCACAACUGCAGCCUCAAGACUUUCUGUGAUGAUGCAUUUGCAUCUUUAAUGGACUCAAGUUUUCAAGCAAAAAUCUAUUAUCUCUUUCAAGAACUGAUAAAUGUCAAGACGUUUUCAAAAGAUGACCGACGCAUUAGACUUGUUUCACUGUUCUGCUACGAUCCAAGGGUUGUCAUGGUUGUCAUGGUAAAUUAUGGAAAUAAAUGUCUUUCUAUUUUUGGUACACCAAAUUAUUUACAUGGUUUGAAUCCUAUUAUUAUAGAUCGUCCCAAUUUGGCCUCUGCCCCUUGAACAACACUUGACCUGCAUUUGGCAGCAAACUCACAAUUAGUUUGGUGAUCUGUUUAUGUCAAGGAGCCAGAAAGUUGCACGGCACAUUUCGUCUGAAUCAUGAGAAUUAGGGGGUCGCUGAAGGGGUUCUUAAAUCAGUGGUUAGGGUUAGUCAGUCAGUGGUUAGUCAGUCAGUGGUUAGGGUUAGUCAGUCAUACUUUGCCUCACCAGGCGUCGCUGCUAAACCUACCGGUUGAUAUGUUUUGCUUCAACGGGACCAAAGGUGUACGAAUGAAAACCUUAGACGAAAGGGUUCCUGACCCUGUCUAAGGUUGGAAAGUAAAGCCACACCAUCGUCCUGUUGGACAGAACAGUCACCGCUGUUCAUUUUGUACAAAAACAAUAUCUUCGAUUUGUAUUUUCACUUACUGAAAACAUAACCACUUUCCUUGUUUUUUUGUAAUCUAUUGUGCUUUUUCAUUACUUUUGAGGGCAAGCUCCUGCGUUUUCUAUGUCAGAGAGAUUAAUGAAAAAAUUUAAUAAAGGUGAAUGUCUGA